CGCUUCGUCGUUCGCGCGCUCCACGACCUCCGCGGCAUCAUGCUCGCGUCCACCCCGCGCGCGCCCGCGCGCGGAUUCGCGCUCGCGUCCGCGCCGCGCGUCUCCCGCGCGCGCGUCCGCGCCGCGGCGGCGCCGUCCGCGUCGCCCGCCGCGAAGAGGUCAUCAUCACCAGGCGACGCGGUCAGAUUCGCAUUCGCGCGGGCACUCCCGCCGCCUCCGACGCGACGCGCGGGGACGCCUCGCGCGGGGACCCGCGUUUUGUCGAGCGCGGCGACGCCGAUAAACCUCGCCGACAGCGCCGACGACGACGCCUUCGACGACGCGCCGUCGACGACGUCCGCGAACCUCGCCGCGCAGAUCCUGUCGGGAGUCACCGUCUCCCUCGCGAUGGUCCCGGAGUCGCUCGCGUUCACGUUCGUCGCCGGCGUCUCCCCGAUCGUCGGCCUCCACGCCGCCGCGAUCAUGGGACUCGUCACCGCGCUCAUCGGCGCGCAGCCGGGCGUCAUCUCCGGCGCCGCGGGCGCGACCGCGGUCGUCCUCGCGCCGCUCGUCGCGCGGCACGGCGUCGAGUACCUCUUCGCCGCCGUCGCGCUCGCGGGCGCGACUCAGCUGCUCUGCGGCUGGUUCCGGCUCGGGAAGUUCAUCCGGCUCGUCCCGCAGCCGUGCAUGAUCGGCUUCGUGAACGGCCUCGGCAUCGUCAUCGCGCGCGCGCAAUUCUCCACGUUCGCGGGGCUCGAGUCGUGGGCGCUGUGGCAAGCCGCGGCGCUGACGGCGUUCACGAUGGCGAUGAUCAAGUUUGUGAAACCGCCCAAGGGCGUCCCGUCGCCGCUGGUCGCCAUCGCGUCGUGCGCGCUCCUCGUCCGCGGGCUGGGCUUGGACGUCAAGACCGUGGGCGACGUCGCGCGCGUCGCCGGGACGCUCCCGUCGUUCCACCUCCCGAGCGUUCCGAUGACGUUCGAGACGCUCGCGAUCGUCGCGCCCGUCGCGUGCUCCGUCGCGGCGGUGGGACUGAUCGAGACGCUGCUCACGCAGCAGCUCGUGGACGACGUCGUCGGGACUCGCACCGCGACGCACACCGAGUGCAUAUCGCAGGGCGUCGCGAACGUCGCGUGCGGCUUCGCCGGCGCCAUGGGCGGCUGCGCGAUGAUCGGGCAGUCGAUGUUGAACGUCGAGAGCGGCGGGCGGACGCGCGUCAGCGGGGUGACGUGCGCGCUCGCGAUUCUCGCGUACGUCACGUUCGGAUCGGGGUUCAUCGAGAGAGUGCCGAUCGCGGCGCUCGCGGGGACGAUGCUGUGCCUCGUCUUGGACAUCUUCGACUGGACGAGUUUCUCUCGCGUGACGAAGAUCCCGCGCACGGACGCGAUCGUUCUCGCGCUGGUGACGUGCGUCACGGUGUUUACGAACCUCGCCGUCGCGGUGUUCGCCGGCGUCGUGCUCAGCGCGCUCGGGUACGCGUACAAGGCGUCGAAGCAGAUUUCGGCGACGAAACGCGUGGACGAGAGAGGCCGGACCGUGUACGCCAUCGAGGGCCCGCUCUUCUUCGGCUCCGCGACAACGUUCGCGCGCCUCGUGGACGCGCGCGAGGAGAGCAACAACAAAAUCGUGUGGGACUUCGCCGGGUGUAAGGUUUGGGACUCCACCGCGGUGAGCGCGUUGGACGACGCCGCGGCGAAGUGCCGCGAGCGGGGGAAGGCGGUCGUCCUGAGACACCUGUCGCCGUCGUGUGCGGCGCUGCUGCGACAGUGCGGUGACCUCGUGGAGGUGAACGUGGAGGAGGAUCCGAUAUACGCCGUCGCCGCGGAU